CACAGCUUCCGUGUUUUGGGUUUGUUUCUUGUCUCUGUCUACUGGAGAGACUUAAUAAUAAACAGCAGGUCAGGCUGAGCUGAGUGGUGAGUAUGGAUCCUGCCGGUGUGGAAACUGGCAGUAUGGAACCUGGCAGUAUGGAUCCUGCCGGUGUGGAACCUGGCAGGAUGGAACCUAGCAGUAUGGAUCCUGCCGGUGUGGAACCUGGCAGUAUGGAACUUGGCAGUGUGGACAGUCUGAGGGAACCGACCAGUGUGCAACCAGGCAGCGGUAUGGAACCUGGCAGUGUGGAACUGGCCAGUGGUGUGGAAACGACCAGGGGUAUGGAAACGACCAGGGGUAUGGAAACGACCAGGGGUAUGGAAACGACCAGGGGUGUGGAACCGUCCAGAGGUGUGGAACCCGCCAGUGUUGACAGUCUGAAGGUUCUGUAUCAGAGCCGUGACUACAUCAUAGUGGAUAAGCACUGGGACAUCCGCAUCGACAGCAAGAUGUGGUUCUGUCACCAACUGGACUACUCCACCAGUGGGGUUCUGUGUGUGGCUCUGAACAAGGCUGCUGCUGGCCGGGUCUACCACUGUUUUAAAGACCGCAGAGCUACCAAGGUUUACCUAGCACUGGUGAGAAGCUGGGUAGAGGAGGAGAAGAUGACUAUAGACUUCCCCAUCGGUGAAAACACCACAGAGGGAAGAACACACAUGAUGUGUAUCCAAGGAACAGACGGUUGUGAGAACCCCAAGCCCUGUCGGUCUCAGCUCACCGUGUUGGAGUACGGAGAUUAUGAUGGAGACCCUGUUACCAAGGUGGUGCUGCAGCCUCUCACAGGUCGUACCCACCAGCUGAGGGUUCACUGUGAGGCGGUAGGGCACCCCAUCGUAGGAGACCACACCUACAGCCUGGGAGAGGACAGCGCCCCCUAUCGCAUGAUGCUGCACGCACACCUCCUACACCUCCCUCUGGAGCCGCUCCCCCUGCAGGCCGCCGCCCCCGACCCCUUCACCACGCCCACUGACCCCCGCUGGCGCCCGCAGCGCUGCCUCCGGACUGUAGAGGGAGUCGUGGAGACCCUGCUGGAGCACAGGGCGGCGGAGGAGAGGACAGAGCGGGAGGAGAAGAGGAGACAGCAGGAGGAGAGGAGGAGGCAGCAGGAGGAGAGGAGGAAGAGGUUGAGGGGGAGAGAGGAGAGUGAGGAGCAGAGGAGGAUGUGUCAGCAGUGGUUGUCUGAGUGGACUGAUGUCUGAAUUCUCCUUCUCCUCUCUUCAUCCCCCUUCUCCUUCUCCUCUCUUCAUCCUCAUCCCUUCUCCUUCUCCCCUCUUCAUCCUCAUCCCUUCUCCCCUCUUC